UUCAGCUGCCAUGUUUGGUUGCUUUGUUGUAGGCUUCUACUAGGUUUCCUACAGAAUUAGUAAGUGUGGAAAUGGAGCCGAGCUGGAGUACGUUUCUUUUUCAACAGGCCAAUGAAGCCCUCCACCACCAGCACCAGGUGGCCCAGAACAGCCUGCUGCCACUUCUUAAUGCAGGAGCUGAACAAAUUGACCAGAAGCCUAUCCUGCCCAUCCAAAUAGACCAGAAGCCACCUACAAGUGCUGCUGAUCUCCUCAAAGACCAUGUGGGCAGUGGUGGAGGUGCACGACCACCAGUGCCUGUGAUAAAGAAGGAACACAAAGGUAAAACACCUUUCGUCUGCGGCUACUGCAACAAGGCCUUCCGUGACAGCUACCACCUGCGGCGUCAUGAGUCCAGCCACACCGGCAUCAAGAUGGUGUCACGGCCAAAGAAGACUACCCAGACAGCCCCCACCAUGGUACCCAUGAUAUCCACCAUGCCGCGAGAGAACAAUGGCCACCCUUCCUACAUCUCCACGGUAGCAGGAAUCCUCUCCACAGCAACCACCUCUGUUUCCUCAGGCACAAGUAUCAUGACAUCAUCUGCAAUGGGUAAUGUGCCACAGCAAAAUGUCGCAAAGAAACCCGCCAAACCUGUCAAGAAGAACCAUGGGUGCGAGAUGUGUGGCAAGGCCUUUCGUGAUGUCUACCACCUGAAUCGCCACAAGCUGUCCCAUUCAGACGAGAAGCCUUUUGAGUGCCCCAUCUGCCAGCAACGCUUUAAAAGGAAGGACCGAAUGACCUACCAUGUUCGCUCUCAUGACGGUGGAGUCCACAAGCCCUAUGUAUGUUCUGUGUGUGGGAAAGGCUUUUCCAGGCCAGACCACUUGAGCUGUCACGUGAAGCAUGUGCAUUCCUCAGAAAGACCGUUUAAAUGUCAAGUAACGGCCUGCACCUCUGCUUUCGCCACCAAAGACAGACUCCGUUCCCACAUGAUCAGGCACGAAGGCAAGGUCACCUGUAGCAUCUGUGGGAAGAUGCUCAGCGCAGCCUACAUCACCAGCCAUUUGAAGACUCACGGACAGACCAACUUCAACUCCUGCAACAAAGAUGGUAACAAUGUCUGCAAUUCUGCCUCAGCUACACCUGUGACCGUUUCUGCCGCCAUCACCUCUGCGAUGAACCGGGUCAACUCCAACAACCCUGUCACCAUAGCCGCACAAAUGAACAUUAGCACCAACACAGUCAACAUCACGUCUCCGGUCAGCCUCCAGCACCCAGUCACCAUCACCGGCCCUGUCAACAUUGCCUCUGUCAACAUCCCCGCCACGGCAUCCAUGAAUAUUGCCCACCCAGUGGCGAUAACGACCCCCAUGUCUAUGAAUAUGGCUGGUCCACUCAACAUCGCCAUGAGGCCAAUGGAUAGCAUGUCUUUUCUGUCCCAAGUCUUGCCUUCGUCCCCGCCCUGGUAGGGAAAAAGAGAGAGAGCGUUGAACUGGCCAGAAAGAAAAGGAAAAUGAAGUGAAACAAGAGACUCCUGUCCUCCUUAUUUACACCUCAAGCUCAGCUCUUUUCCCCCCACCCCUGACCCAUGUUUACUUCAUCUAACCCUGAAGUGAAUAUUUACACGAGCUGUGCGGCUGGUGGGAGCUCCCCAAGUCACAGCUGCGUCCCAACUAACAUUAAGUGACUGACAUGAGAUGCAGAACACUUGAGUAGAAAUCGAGUAGGAUUUAUCUUGAAAUCAGGACAACAGUGAGACGUAGUGUAGUCAGUUAGAAUGAUGAAACUGUGAUUUGUAUCAUGACAAGUGAGAGGAGAGGAUUCUUCCUCGGUAGGAAAACACGCCGGUGGUUUUGUAAAAGGGAGAUGAGAAAUGGACUAAAGCAAUAAUUAUAAAUUGCUGUUUUUGAUGUUUUUCAAGUUCUCUCCCCAAGCCUCUGGGUGUUACUUUGUAUGUUGUUUUUUUAACUAUAGCCUGCUAAUCACUAUCUAUUUAAUGUUAUAGGAAAUGAGUCUAGUAAAAGGGACAGCAGCUUCCACUUGCAUGGAAGAAUAUUUUUUCACAGUGCUAUAGCUUUUUUUCUUCUCAGAUAGUAGGUAUGCUCUUGAGGUACAGUGACUAACUUGUACAGUUGACAUAGUAAUGUAUUUUCAUGUCUGCAUUUUAAUUUGUGCUUUUGUCAUUCAAGUGGACACGAUCCUCUUGACAAUGAAAUAUUUGUACUUUGUUUUCUCUUUGUAUGGAAACACACAGCUUUGUUUUUAUUUGCCUAGUUAUAUUGUUAAUGUUUCCAUGAAGUCAGAAUGGAAUGAGUCUUGCACUGAAAGCAUAUCCUACAUACAGGUGAACAGCAGUAUUAUCAAAGAUCAAAUUGGAGUCUUUAAGUGUUUUGGUUAGCCAGUCUGCACUUGAGGGCCAUCUAGUGGCUGAACAUAGAAAGGCCUGGCCUUGUAGUGAAGCUUUUUCAGGCUGUUACUGUCAUCUUAUGGUGGCUAAAUAGUUUUGUAUGACUCUUCUGUACACUGUUUUUUUUUUUUUGUUUUUUUUUUUGUAUGUUUUUUUUUUUUUUUAAGCAUUUAUCUGUAGCCCCAAGAUGAUGAUUUUCAUGAUAAUAAGGACCCUUCACUCAGGAAACACACACAAAAGCCCAUUACUCAUGAACUUGGUUCCUUUUUAAAUUGAGUAUAUCUACCAUGUAUCUUAAUUCUUGAGUUUUGCCAUGUUCUUUUUUUUUUUUUUUUUAGAUUUCUUAAAUCAUUUGGCAUUGUGGUGUUACGAGUUGACUAGACUUCAUCACAGACAAGAAGUCCAGCAAUUAUUGAUUUUAAACAUAGCCGUCCAUUGAAAUAGUCAUUUACUGUGCAAUGGCAAAAAUAAUAAUAAAAUUUUUUUUUUAUUAUUAUUAUUUUUUUUUACAUUUCCUUUGAAGUCCAGUUCAGUCUAAGGCUGCAUAGUUAUAUGGCUGAGAUCUGGAUGAGUCGGAUAAAAUGCAAGUUUGUGUCCAUUAAAAUAAUGGGACAAGAUUGAUGUUGCAUGACCCCAAACACUGUAGCUGUUGAACAUUAAUAAUUUUUAAUGAAUGCCAUGUUAUCUCAACAGUGUUGGAGCUCUUUGAGUUGAUUCAGUUUAUACUGAAAAAUGCAAUAUGCAUGUUUGUUAUUUUCCCAAGUUUUGUUUUAAACAAACUAUUAGUGUAGCUUCUUUUUGUUUUUAUGCAUUACGUAGAUACACAAUGAUAGGCUGUUUGCCAAAUUUGAUACAAUAAUAAUGUGAGUAACUGAACAUUUCUUGUGGAAUUGAACAUCUUUAUUUUUAAGGAAAAAAAAAAAAACAAUUGGAAAUUCCAGAACCCUUGUGAAAGCAGUUGAAUGUAUAUCUUUGUACAAAACUACUUUAGUUCCAAGGAUAUGGUAGUUACAGUAGAUGUGAAAGAUAAGAUAACCUUUUUUAUAAAUCUUUUGUAUUAGAACAUUAACAAUGGUAAUUUUGUAUAUAUGAGAAGCUAGGCUUUCUGAUUAGCAGAAAGGUCAAACAUUCCUACAUUUUUUUCAAAUGUAUGUUUGUCAAAUUAUUACAUAAACAUGCGCAAUGUUAUGUGCCUUUUAUUUGGGUUGUCUAAAUAAAAGAAAACUAUCAAAUGUG